UUAAAACUUUGACCCGGCAAGAAAACACCGGCGCGCGGCGUAGCCAGGUGGCCGUGUAGGGCGCGCUCCGUCGCUCUCAGCUUUCGUCAUCGAUCGGCGGUCGCGGUCUACGGCCCCGCGCGACGUAGAGCCCGAGUCGGGCCCGAGACCCCGACCGUGACGGAUGUAGUGCGCUGCUCCUCAGCUGCGAGAUGGCCGUACCUCGUGCUGCAGCAGCACGCCCCGCCGUGGCCGUCAUGCGCGCAAGCCGCGAGGUGCCCCGGCUGCGGAUAGCCUGCCUGCUGGCACUUCUGCUUGCCGCCGUUUCAGCUGUCAGCGCCGGAUCUGCAUCGUCGGCAGAACUAACCGUGCGGGCCCGAAACGGCGGCCAGACCACGCUGCCAUGCCCUCUGGAGACAGCGGCUGGCGCGUCCAAGCCGGCCAGCCUGGACGUUCCGCCCGCGGUGUCUGAACUGCGGUGGACGCGGCUCGAGGACGCGCCCGCCCGGCGCACCGUGUACGUGGUGGACGGCGCCGAGGGCGGCGUCUGGCAGGGCGAGCACGUGGUGCGCCCCGACUGGCAGAGCCGCUCCUACUUCUCCGUCCACAGCGACCCGGCGCUGCUCAAGAUCGGCCGCGUGGCGCUCGCCGACAGCGGCACCUUCGUCUGCAGCGUCACGUUUGCCAGCGGCCGCCGGGCCAACCACACUGUUCACCUGAGGGUAAUCGAGCCUCCAACUGCCCCCGUGAUCCGAGACGGGAGCGGCAUUGUACUUCAUGGUGUCACCAAGCCGUAUGAUGAAGGCAUCAGUUUGGCUAUCGACUGCGAGGUGCGCGGAGGAGAGCCGCCACCGAAGCUUGUUUGGUCCGGGAGCGGCUAUCGCCGCUUGCAGGUGAAAGAGCAAAACAUCCGACAAGGAAACGUCACGCGAAGCUCUCUUCGUAUCGAGUCGUUGGGAAGAGAGUUCCUCCUCGAUACCUUUGUCUGCGCUGUGCAAGAGAUUCCAGAAGCUAUGAACAGCUCUUUCACCGUCGACAUGAAUCUGCGACCGCUGUCGGUGCGUCUGUGGAGCGUGCAGAACGCGUCGCGGGCCGAGCUCCCGGCCGAGCUCCACUGCCGCGCCCUGGGCUCCCGGCCGGCGGCGCAGCUGAGCUGGUGGCUGGGGGAGGUGCGCGUCGAGCCCUUCUUCCACGAGGAGUCGGACAGCGGCAACGACAGCUUCAGCGUGCUGCUGCUCACGCCCACCGCCGGCGACGACGGAAGGACCGUGCGCUGCGUGGCCGCCAAUCCGCGCUGGCCGGAGGACGCCCUCGAGGCCACCUGGACGCUCGACGUCCAAUACGCCCCCAACGUGACGCUGCGACUGGGCCGUGGUCUGUCCGAGCCGAUGAUCCUGGAAGGGCGCGACGUGUACCUGGAGUGCGCGACGUCGGCCAACCCCGCCGCGGACGUAUUCCAAUGGUUCCACCGCGGCGUGCCUUUGGAACCCGGAGGCAACGCCACCGCUGCGGUCUCCGCUGGGCAGCAGUCGUCUCUCCUGGUGACCGGGCCCUACCUCAUCAUGCGGCGUGUGCGACCUUCUCAAGCAGGCACUUACGCAUGCGAGGCGUCGAACCCGCUGGCCAGCGUGCGUAGCAACACCGUUCAGCUCACCGUUCUUUACUCGCCGCGGUGCGAGCGCAUCUGGUCCUCGACGCCGGACGGCGGCAACGAGACGCUGGUCCACUGCCGGGUCCGUGCGCAGCCCGCCGACCGGCUGAGCUUCACGUGGAGCGUGCGCGACGCUGCGGGCGAGCGCCCCGUGGCGCAGCGCGGCGCCCUGGCCUCGGCCAACGGCUCGCUGAGCGUGCUCAGGAUACCCCACCACCGCAGCUUGGCCUCCGACGGCGCGGACGUGACGCUGUACUGCCGGGCCCGCAACGCAGUCGGCCCGCAGAGCAGCCCCUGCGUCCUGGCUGUCGACACGGUGGAGAAGCCCAGCCAGCUUCGAGACUGCAGCGUGAGCAACCAGUCGGACGAGCGGCUGCUGGUGUCGUGUCGGCAACCCGAACAGCGCAGGCCGGGGCAGCGGUUCGUGCUCGAAGUUCACGGUUCCGCGACUGCGCAGCAGCCCCUGGCAAACCUGUCGAGCGACCAGCCCGUCUUCUGGAUCCCGAGCCUGGAGCCCGGCGCCGCGUGUCGACUCGUGCUGUACGCGGUCAGCGCCAGUGGCGCCCGGGGACCCGCCGUGCGGCUGUCGCUUCACGCGGACCCGUACACGGCGCCGCUGGCGGCCGCAGACAAGAAGCGGAGUGGCGUCGCAUCAAGGAGCGUCGGACUCGUCCAAGUGGUUGUGCCGCUCAUUACAUUACUGCUCGCGGCAGGUCGGUGAUGGUGGCGUUAAGGCAUGAAGAAGGCAAACCUUAACAGCGCGGGGAACUGUCCAGAAGCAUUCAGCGCGCACUGCCCUAGUGCACGGCGCAUGAAAGAGACGCCACCCGUCACAAAAAGGAGCAACGUCAGCGCCAUGCACGUCCGUCUAUACAAGCACUGCACGACACAGCGACUGGCGACCCGCGGAUACAAGCCUGCGAUGUCUCGGCCGUGUCCGGACGCGUGGAACUUGCUGAUCUGCACCGACCUUCUCGUCGUUCUUCAGGGGUGCGACUUGCCGAAGGCGCACAGUGGGCGCUGGAAGUGAAGUCGUGUGUCUUGCAUGUCAAGCUUGUCCUCCUUUGAGGCGUUGUUACUUCUUGUGACGUCACGUGUGGCCUGCAAUCAUCAGUUUCGGUUAUGAAUUACCGAUGUUAUUGUUCACGUGACGUGAUUUGCACAAUCUGAUUAUAACCAACGGUGACUUCACGCGUGUAUACCGUCAGUUAGGUGACACUGCGCCGACAGGCGGUGUACGGUCUGUUGCGCGGAUGUUUUUUGUGAGUGGCAGUGUGGUGUGAAUCGCACAGCACACGUGUACGGGGAAUGCCGAAAAACACCGAGCAAGCGCGCGACUCCUCUUUCUCCUCCUCAUCUGCUGUUAUUCUUUUCCCCCAACUCUCCUCUUUCAUGGUGUACAUAGAUGGCGGAAGUCCUCUUGAGUGCUACUCUGUAGAUUCUGGAAUGCGUCCGUGAUCCAUUGCCCCAGCGUAAAACUUUGAAGCACAGCGGGACCCUCCGAAAGCGCAACGUCCGUAACCCUCUCGCCUUUGUUGUGAAAGGAAGCACAAGUUCGCUUAUAUUGAUGUCGCGGCACCGCAGCACAUUGUUGUCGUUGACGCCGUGGAUAAAAUAGUUUACCGUAAAAUGCGCCCACAACGCUAGUUAGACCGAAAGGCGGAAGUCGAGGUCACGUUUUUAGAGCGCUCAGGGGGUUUCCAGUCUUGGUUGAAUGGAUCAUCGCCCCGAUGAACAUUCGCGAAACACUGUGUCAGGCACAUCUUAAGCCCUUGUGCUCCAGAUUUCUGAUUGUAGACUUUUCUGCACCACCAAUUCCAUGGUAGGAGGUACCACUGGAGUAAACAUGGCGCCUAGAGAGAUAUUCUGACAGUGGAAGGCAAUGAAGUUAACCAGAAGAACGUCCGGUUGGCUACCCUACACAAGUGAUAAGGGAGGAAGGAAUAGAAAUAAGAGAUAUAGAGAAAGAGAAGGUUCCCAGUACACACGCGCACACAAGGAAUAGACCAUUUGGUCAAAUGGCGGAUGGUAUAUUAUAUAUAUAUAUAUAUA